CAGUUCCAGUAUCGUGGGAAACAAUUAAAGUUUUGUUCUUUAAUUUUAUUAUUUUAUUUAUUUUCAAGUGCCUUAAAGUAAAUUUUAUUAAUGAAAAUAUUUUAGUCUGGUCCUUACCCGUGAGAUUUGACUGAAGAAGAUGAUUAAUAUCAUUUACAUAUCGCUCUAGUUAGAAAAAUAUAAUUAACAAGUUUCCGCCCAAUUUAUCAAAGAAAUUCAAGAAAUGCUCAUAAAAUCGUCAUGCCUUUUACUUUUGGCAACGUUCAUCACCAUAGCAAAUGCAAUUGACAAAGGAGUUCAUGUGGGAUGCUUCAAAAGAUCUUCACAUAGUAUCUCAAAUAAUUUGAGAUAUGUGAAAAACUGCUUCAAUUAUUGUGCAGGUCAAUUUUACAGAUUUUCAGUUUUCUCUGAUGAGACAUGUAGUUGUGAAAAUUUUCUUAAAGAAAGUGAACAAGAAGGAACGAAUUGCUCCAAAAAAUGUCUAAAUGAAGAUGAAGAAGUUAGUUGCGGGGGUGAUGAGACUGAAAGUAUUUACGAAACAGGCAGCAAUGCUCCAGGUGCUGUUAAGAAUUUGAAAGUUCAAGAUACAAAAGAAGAUAAAAUCACGAUCAUGUUUGAACCUCCUGAAAGAAAUGGCACUGAACUGAGUGGAUAUGAAAUUAAUGCAAUGGUGAUGAAGACGUACUCAAACACACCUUGGGCAAUGCGAAAUCAAACUUGGAAAGCUCAAAAAACUGUAAAGAAAUUUGAUUUAUCGAAUCUCACUCCAUCAACUCAAUACAAAAUUUUCAUAAAGUCCAAGAAUGGUGAUGUUGAUGGUGGAGAAGAUCAAAUUGUAGCAUCAACAAAUCUUGCAGCACCUGAUCCUAAACCAGAACCUCCAAAAAUACUUGAAGAGUCAGAUAAAAAAGUUAAAAUAGAAAUCAAACGAGCUGAGAACAACAACGGACCUGUAACGAAAUAUUUAAUUGCAGUUCAUUUUGUAGACAAUGAAUUAAUUCAUGACUUUGACGAAACACUUUUAAACACUUUUGAAAAGGCGCAAGAAGAUGGAAUAAAUUAUUAUAUCACUGGUGAGAUUGAUCCAUUUCGUGAAGAAGUAAAAACAUUUGUCAUUGGUGAUGGUCGACAGUACGGCCGCUAUUUUAAUGCACCACUUCCUGACCGUCACAUUCAUGUACGUGCGGGAGUCUUCAGUCGAUUGAAUAACGAAGAAAAAUCGAGUUUUUCGGAUAGUUCUCAUGAUAUUUCACACGAUGCUGUUUUUAUUCUGCCACCUGAAGAAAAAGAAGCUGGAGAUGGCUUGGUCACUUUCCUGACAAUCGCUUGCAUUAUUUGUGGAUUAAUUUUACUUGGAAGUGUUUUAUUCUAUGGAUAUAUUCGUGUUACAAGAACCAAUCCACGAAGAAGAAGAUUUGAAAGACAUGAAAUGUCACUACAAGGUCCAAUACUUGAAGUUGAUAACAAUGGAUUUAUUGCUGAUGUCAGUGGGAUCAACUUCAAAGAUAAACUUCAAGAAGUUCUUUUAAGUCUUGACGAUGAUCAAAAAAUUAUUCGGAAGAAUCUCGCACUUGAUAUUGACAAUAUUCUUGGAAUUGGAUCUUUUGGUGAUGUCAUCAGAGGACAAUUAAAUGGAAAUAUUCCAUGUCAAGUUCAUGUUGUGUCAGCUGACGAUAUGGAUCCACCAAUUCAAAUGAAGUUCAUCCGUGACUUAAACAGCCUUCUUCAAUUUGGUUUCCACAAAAACAUGUUGAACUUUAUGGGAAUUUGUCAGACACACGAUUGGUUCUUUGUCAUCUUUGAAGAUACUCCAGCAACACUUAAACAAUUUCUGUUGACACAUCGUGACGAUCAAAAUCUGUCAAGCAGAAGAUUAACAAAUUUGGGUGAAGAUCAAGCACUCAAAUUGAUGUUUGAACUCUCAGAAACGAUGGAAUAUCUGCAAUAUAAUAAAAUCGUACAUAAAAAUCUCAACUCUUACAAUGUUAGAGUCAAGCGACAGAAUUCUGUUUUCUCAAUCAAGAUUUCAACGUUCGGACCAACGCUUUACAGUAUUAAUGAUGAUGGCACAAAAAGUAUGGUAGAUGAAGACAGAUGGUUUGCACCAGAAGUUCUUCGCUUCCAAAAAUAUUCACAUGCGAGUGAUGUUUAUUCGUUGGCUUUAAUUUUUUGGGAAAUUUGUUGUGUGGGUGGCACGAUUUAUGGUUCACUUGCAACGAGUGAUCUUUUAGUUCGCAUCAAGAAAGGAAUCCGUCCAGAAAAAUAUCCUUUCAUCUCUGAAGAUUUGUAUCAAUUGUUGUUGAAUUGCUGGGAGUUGGAUCCAAACGAGCGUUGUGACUUCAAUGAUAUUGUUGGACAAAUGAAGCAUCUUCAAUUGUCACCGCAAUAUUACUUAAACUUUUCUUUAGAUGGACCGCUGCCUUACCACCUGCCAUUGUUGGAAGCAAAAGUUUUUCAAAUGUCAUUUUUAAGAUUCCUUUCCAAUGAUGAUAAUCGAUCAAAAAUUAAGUUACCAACUUUUGAUGGUAACAAAUCGAAAUAUCAAACAUUUAUGUUAACUUUCGAUUGCAUAAUGGAUGGUUGGAAAAUGCCAGCAGAACUUCGACUCAUGUAUCUACAAUUUAAUUGUUUGAAAGGACUUGCACAAAUAGUUGCCGGACCCUAUCAAAAAAUAAGUGAAGAGAAUUAUCACUUAGUGAGGGAAAGACUGCAUGAAUGUUUUAACGAUCCUCGUUGGUGUGUACAAGAAAGUUUACAAAAUAUUGUAGACAGCAAAAUCACAAACUGGAAAAGUGAAAAAAUUAUGCAGCAUAAGAUAGAACUAUUGAACAAUCAUGACACAAUAAUAAGAAAUAAAGCAACUCUUGAAAAUUUGUUAGUGAUGUUACAUAUCAAAAGUUUGCCACAAAAAAUUCAAGAGAAGUUUAUUUUAAAAAGAGAAGAUUCCAGGAUAAUGUCAACAUUGGAAGAAUAUGCAACGUUUUUAACUGUUGAAUUGCUUAAUUCUGCAGAUGUAAAAAAGAUCACCGAAAAUAGAACUAAGAUGACCUCAUAAUGCACGCAAUGAUGUUCGAUGUUUGGACUGCUUUUGUUCGAAAGUUUCUUUACAUAUGAUUUGUGGAUGUGCAGGGUGACCACGAGAUAACAAAUUACAAUUGAAAUAAUGUUAAAAUUGCCAUGUAGCACUGCGGAAGAUUUAAGAAAUUUUACUCAGACUAAAGCGUACUUAAAAUAAUGCUUUAUGUACUUUUAAAAACUCUCUUAAGCAUAGAUAGAAACAAAAACCCGUCAAGAUAAUUUCUGCAUCAUUCGUAAACAAACAUUAAAAGUUUUAUUUCCAGAAAGUUUCAC